UUGACAACACACAUUUUCCACUGGUGAUGUCUUGGAAAGGGUUAAGCCGCAGGAAUGCAACGCUCAGGAAUGCGCAUGCAAAUAGAUUUAUGCUAAUGACAUGCUAAUGUCCCGUUGGCUGGGAACGGAGUCAAGUCUGUCUGUCCUGGUCUAUGUGUUCAGCUAGGAACCCAAGAUGGAGGACAGGGGAACGCAAAACAUGGAUCUUUACUGACUUUUUUCCGUCGCUUUUUAGUAUUCCACUGGAAUUUUUUUUUAACCGUACUUAUGGCGGAACUUUUAGAAGAUGAACAUGCCUAGGAAGGGGAAUGGCCAGCUGCCGUUACCCGACGGCUGGGAAGAAGCGAGGGACUUUGACGGCAAAGUGUUUUAUAUCGACCACAACACUAAACAAACAAGCUGGAUAGACCCGAGGGACAGGUUGACGAAGCCCCUGUCGUUUGCGGACUGUGUGGGAGACGAGUUACCGUGGGGAUGGGAGGCCUCAUACGACCCUCAGAUUGGCAUCUACUACAUCGACCACAUCAACAAGAGUACCCAGCUAGAGGACCCCCGGGCGGAAUGGAGGAAGGAGCAGGAGAGGAUGUUGAAGGAGUACCUGACAGUAGCCCAGGAUGCCCUGGUCACCCAGAAAGAGCUGUACCAGGUCAAAGAGCAGCGGCUGGCCUUGGCCCUGGAUCAGUACACACGACUCAACGACGCAUACAAGGACAAGUCCAGCUCACGCACCAGCCUGUUCUCGGGGUCUUCGUCCAGCACUAAGUAUGACCCUGAUAUCCUCAAGGCUGAGAUCUCCACCACCAAAGUCAGGGUGAAUAAGCUGAAGAGAGAGCUCUCCCAGAUGAAACAGGAGCUCAUCUACAAAGAACAAGGCUUUGAAACCUUGCAGCAGAUCGACCAAAAACUGUGUGGCGAGCAGAGUGGAUACCGUCUGAAGGAGGCCAAAGCCAUCGUGACGGAGCUCAAGUCUCUCCGCAGGGCCAUCAGCUCUGGAGAGAAGGAGAAACAGGACCUCAUGCAGUCUCUGGCUAAGCUAAAGGGGAGGUUCCACACAGAACACAACAUGGGCCGUUCGGAACCAGACCUCCGGAACCCAGUGGGCUCCAGACAGACGCUUGAAGCCGGCUCCCAGACAGACGUCUCUGGAGAGGCUGGUUUGAGGAGCAGGUCAUCCUUGGCUGAGAAGGUUAGACUUAGUCUCCAAUAUGAAGAGGCCAAAAGAAGUAUGGCCAACGUGCAGGUGGAGCUGGCCAAGCUGGAGAGCGAGGCGUGGCCGGGGGCGGUGGACGUGGAGCGGGAACGUCUCCUCCUUGUCUCGGAGAAGGAGGAGCUCCUCAAGGAGCUGCAGUUCGUGUCGCCACGGCGACGCACCCCGCAGGACCUCCAACGUCUGGAGGCCCAGAGGCUCCAGCUGGAGCAGGACCUGCAGGCCGUCAGGAACACCCCCAGCCACGCCCUGGCCCAGAGGUUGAAGGUGCAGGAGAGGAGACGAGUCCUGGUGCAGAGACUGGAGGAAUCAACCAGACUGACCACACUGCUCCACUCUCAGCUCAAGAGUUUGUCGGCCAGUACCCUGUCCGUCUCAUCAGGCAGCAGCCUGGGUUCUCUGGCCUCCAGCCGUGGCUCCCUCAAUGCAUCCUCCUCCCGCGGCUCCCUCAACUCCCUCUCCUCCGGAGACCUCUACUACACCCCCGCAGAACCCCCCUCUCCCCUGGACCUGGACUACCAGUGUAAACUGGACCUGCUCCUCCAGGAGCCCUUGACCCCCUCUGGGAUAACCUACAGGCGGGGAGACCCCCCAGGAAUUAUCACUACCAUCCACGAACACGAGGUGGAGAACCCACACCCACACAACACGUCGCUUCACACACACACCGUCGGAACCGGUACCACCGACCUGGUCCCAUUAGCGCCGCUGGUUGCGGUGUCCUCGAAGCCGGCCGAGCCGUCCAAGUCGGUGACGUCGCUUUCCUCGAGGUCGUCGUUGUCUUCUCUCUCGCCGCCGGGCUCGCCGCUAGUGCUGGAGGGGGUCGGUGCGUUCCCGUCGGCGGGCCCACAGGACUUUGGGGACGGCGACGUCGGUCUGGUGGUGUCGGACUUUGGCGGUCUCAGCCUGGGAUUCUACGACGGCCAGGGGAUGGGGAUGUUUGAGCCGGAGACGGGGGAGAGGGACAGAGGAGGGGAGGGGGGGAGGGAAGGUAGAGGGGCACUGGCCACCCUCAGAGAGAGUAUCACAGACGUGGACCUCCAGAGGCCGGGGGAGGACAGGCCCACCUGUGUGUCAGCAGCCGUGUCAGACGAGUCCGUGGCCGGGGACAGUGGGGUGUACGAGGCCUCUAAUGUCAAACGUAGGUCAAUGGAGUCUGAUGAACCGGCGGUCUACCUGGAGGACGAGCCUGUCCUUCCUGAGUCUGCCCAGGUCCAGAUAGGCCUGAAAUAUGAUGCUGCCAACUCCAGUUUUGUCAUGGUGAUCAUGCAGCUGCAAAACCCUGCUGCCCUGUCAGUCCCCUCCACUACCAGAGUAUACAUCCGAGUGGCGCUCCUCCCAUCUUCCAGUGACGUCAGCAGUCUGUUCAGGACCCGCGUGGUGCCCGUGGCGCUGCCCGACAGCGUGACGUUCAACGAGGUGUUCAGGGAGGCCGCGCCGCACACCAUCCUCCAGGACAAGACGCUCCGCGUGGACGCCUGCACCGUGGGUCCCGGAGGAACCGAGGACUGCCUGGCUGGAGCCCAUGUGAGUCUGGGAGAGCUUCCAGUGAGUGGGGAUAUGACCCGUGUGUGGUACAACCUGUUGACCAGUGAGAGGACCAGAGAGAUAGAAGAGGCCAGCCAGGAGAGACCCGGCCCUGGGCCAGAGCAGCACCCUGCAGGGCCCGUGGACAUGGAUGCAGUGUCGGCCCUGCUGCAGAGGACCUCCAGCGAGUUGGAGGCUGUGGAACAGGAGCUGGCCUUGGAGGAGAAGGAGAGAGCGAGCCAGCUGGACAUGGAUGGACACCAAUGGCUGAGCAUGCUGGGAGAGGACAGCGCUCAACUGGUCCUCGGACUGGAGGAGGAAGAAGAGGAGGAGAGGAAAGAUUCUGUCAAGGCGGAGACUAAGUUUGCUGGCUCUGGGCAGGCGUACAGAGGGGAAGAGCCGGAGGAGGAGUGUCGAGAAGAGCCAACCAGAGAGGAAGAGGAGGAGAGGAGAUAUAAAGAGGGAAUCCCUCAGGCAAAUGAAGGACCAACGCUGGUGGAUGCGGAGACGAACACAGAGAUGUGUGGUAUGGCGGUGAGGCCUAAAGACAGACCCAGCCUGGGACCAGGACCACGCAGCGCUCAGAGAGGCUUCGUACGGAACAGUAUGAUCAUGAGGUCUCAAACCUUCUCCCCUGGGGAGCGCAACCAGUACAUCUGCAGGUUGAACCGGAGUGAUAGCGACAGCUCCACAUUAUCCAAAAAGUGCCCGUUUGUCCGGAACACCUCGGAGAGACGCAGCCUAAGGGUUAAGAGGACCCUGUGCCAGCCGGUGGUGGUGCGGAGGCGUGGCGGAGCCGGGGAGACAAACACCCGGACCUCCCUGGACUUGGAGCUGGCCCUCCAGGCUUCGCGAACGCGUCAGAGCCGUCUGAACGACGAGCUCCAGGCCCUGAGGGACCUGAGGGCCCACCUGGAGGCCCUGAAGGCCCGGGGAGAGACGGCGCUGCCUGGGUCCGUUCUGCACGACCACCGGUUUCACAGGCUGCUGGAGCAGGCCGAGAGACAGGCGGAGCAGUCUAAGGAGCAGCAGCGUCAGGAGCAGCGGGCUGAGAAGCUGAUGAGGAGGGCCUCCAAAGACGUGUGUCGGCUGAGAGAGCAGAGCCAGAAGGUCCCCCUGCAGGUCCAGUCUUUCAGGGAGAAGAUGGCCUACUUCACACGAGCUAAGAUCAAUAUACCAUCCCUACCGGCUGACGAUGUAUGAUUACAUUGUAACACAAUGAAGUAUUUUUCAAACUUUUUAUAGCAGAGUAUUUUAAUAGUGUAGUUACUUUGAAUGAAAACAAUCGAAUAGUUUGUACACUAUAGUUUAUGCAUUUGUAUAAUAAGUUGUAAUUGAAUAAUGUCUUGUAAGAAAAAAGAAACUAAGUAAUGGCUUUCUUGUAUCAGGAGAAAACCCAAAAUAGAGUUGUUUUGGUACUUGUAUACUGCUUGUGAUUUUUCUGUACAGUUUUGUCGCCCUCUGGUGUCCUGUGGUGGAACUGCACCACAGGGCAGGGUGCGGGGUUGAUUGAGCGAGUCUCAGUCCCAAAUCAACCCCGAUCCCCUACACACUUAUGGAGAUCUAACAGGAUUGGAUAGGUGUAAGUUAUAUGGUAAUAAUGACACUGCCUUCUGCUAGUCUAGAUGGCAUGUUCACUGUAUUUCUUCCAUGUAUCCAAUCCUCUCUGAUCUCCAGAGGUAUAUAGUGGGUAAGGGCUAGGGGUUGAUUUGUUAUUGGGCAUCAGUGUUAGCUAAGUGUGCGUAUGUGAGAGAGAGAAGGCGACCUACUACAGUAUAUCAUAUAUAAUGUCUUCUGUCCAAAGCUGGUGCUCUGCUAUUUUUUUCUCUCUCAUACCAGAACAAAACAAACAUACGCCUUGUGAAUGUAAUGUACCCGCUUUUCCACUUCUAUCUAUCUCUGAGAUACUGCACUGAUAGUGUUCUGUGGCUUCAUGCUUUUUCACACGACCCGCCGCAAUGCUAAUUAUUACUGCGUUCACUGGGCUCUAGUCUCAAUUUUAUAGUUCAAUGUUUUGUCAGUUACUAGCCUGGUCCAGGAUAUGUUUUUGCACAAACUGAUCUGGGACCAGGCUAUUUUGUAAAUCACUCUGCAACUUCAUUUGUAAGAUUGGUUUUCCUUUCCCACCUGUUUCCCAACGGUUGAAGUAUUUAUUCAAAGGAUGAACAUAAAAACCUCUGUGUUAAUGCCUUUUGUUACAGAUAGGUUCUCUGGACUAGAGAAAAGACCAUGCAAGAAACAUACUGGACCCAAAUCAUGUAAUUUCCAGCCUUCCAGUGUUUAAGGGUUCGAAAUAGCACCCUAUUCUCUAUGUGGUCCACUACUUUUGACCAGAGCCCUAUGGGCCUUGGUCAAAAGCACAGAGCCCUAUGGGCCCUGGUCAAAAGCACAGAGCCCUGGUCAAAAGCACAGAGCCCUAUGGGCCCUGGUCAAAAGCACAGAGCCCUAUGGGCCCUGGUCAAAAGCACAGAGCCCUAUGGGCCCUGGUCAAAAGCACAGAGCCCUGUGGGCCCUGGUCAAAAGCACAGAGCCCUAUGGGCCUUGGUCAAAAGCAAUGGGCUAUAUAGAAAACAGGGUGGCAUUUCAGACAGAGUCAAAUCAAUACUUUUUUUUGUAUUUUAUCAUAGACAUGAAAGCUAUAAUAUUCAGUAUACAUCAGUUUCUUUGUAUAAUAAUGUGUUGUACUCCAGUAAUUCAUUAUUUAUUAUUUCUCCAAGGAGUCUCCUGCUCUAUUUUUCUAAAUCAUAGGACAACGAUUGACCUUUGUGGUUUCUUUCUCUUUAUUUUGUAUCUAAUGUUUUGUUUGUGUGUCUGUAAACCAGAGAACAAACAGUAUUGUUUUUACUUUGCCUUUUGUAACAGCUAAUAGCUAAGGAACAACCAGGCUGGUAUUCAAAGCACUUCUCAGAGUAGGAGUGCUGAUCUAGGAUCAGUUUUGACUUUUAAUUCAUAAUGAAUAAGAAGGGGGACCUGAUUCUAGGUCAGCACCCUUACUCUGAAACGCUUGAAUAGGAGCCAACAUCUGAUUGAACUGUGAGCAUAAACAGUAUCUGUGGUAUCGUACUUAGUUUGCAUAGCUACACCUGGACUCGACAUAUAUAUGGCACUUCCAAUCAAAUGUGUUCACGUCCGUUUAGUUUACCAAUACAAUGUUGCCUCACAAUAUCAACCAGGAAGAUAAACAUGGAUUUGUAUUGUGGCGGAAAAUACUUUAUUUUUCCUGUUUAUUUAUUUUUUGUGUUUGUAUUAUUUAUGUUUUGGUUCUGUACAGACAUGCCCCCCUCCGAACCUUUUUAAUUAGCAACGUAUGGAUGGUUCAAAUGUUAACUCACUGUUUCUCCGCUGAUGAUCAGCUAGUUUAGAGACACACUGAUAUCAAAUAUGUUUUAUACAACUGACCUACAGUGCCUUCAGAAAGAAUUCACACCCCUUGACUUUUUCCACAUUUGAUUGUGUUACAGCCUGAUUUUAAAAUUGAUUAAAUAGAUUGUUUUUCACUGGCCUACGCGCAAUACUCCAUAAUGUCAAAGUGGAAUUAUGUUUUUCGAUUUUAUUUUUUACAAAUUAAUUAAAGAUGAAAAGCUGA